ACUUUCAAUACAAUACAAAACAAACCAAAGUAAACACACUUUGUGGUACAGAUUUCAAACAAUUGUAAACAAAUGGUCAACCAAGGUUUAGGCGAAAUUGAUUUUUUUAAAUAAAUUACUAUGAAUAGCUUUAAAUCAAUCCAUAAAUAAAAUUAAUGUAAUAGUUAUUACGAUGAGUAACGCAAUGGAUGCAAGUAGCAAUAGUGAUGAAAAGACUGAAUGUGAUAGCAUUACGGCAGUUGAAUUACAAAAGUCUAGACGAGUAUUGUACUUCAGCGAUGGGAUUAUGGAAGAGCUUUCCGAGAGCGAUGGAGAAGAUAUUGGACCUGAUAUAACAGACAAAAGUAUGAAUGUCAACAUUGAUAUCGCAUCGCUACCUUUAGGACCUCGCAUAAAAUAUCAGGCAUAUCAAAUGGGUAGCCGUUUUCUAAACGGAAUAGACUAUGUAGGCGAAGGAUUGGCUAGCUUUUUUGGAAUAACAACACCAAAAUAUAUGAGUGAGUCUGAUGUAGAAAAUGCAGAAAAAGGGGAAUCAGAAGUAAACGGUUUGGAUGAGGUUCGUCCCGAGAAUGGUGUAUGGUAUCACAAUAAUAAUAUAAAUACUUCAAAUAUAGUGAUUACAAGGAUGGCCAUACAUGAAGCACUUAUAUUGCCAGGUUGUCAAUUGUUUGUCCGGAGAAACCACACCAACCGAUCUGUAACAUAUGGGAAGUACGAGCACCGAACUAAAUAUCAAAAGUAUUAUAUGAUAUCCAUCAGAAAUAAGUUUUAGAGUUUUAAUGCUCUCCACCAGAAUAUAUUUGAGUUUAAGUUGUCUCCAUCAUGUUAUAUCGUAUUUUAUGGUCUCCACCACACAGUGGUAUAGAAACAUUUAUUUUUGGAAAUAAUUCGGAAUCUGAAACUAUUUAAAAAAACUCGCGAAAAAUCCAUUUAUGAUCAGAAUUAGUUGAAAUUUAAAAUAUAACUACUCCUUGAGAAGACCUACAAUGUGGAGUUAUCUCUUUUGCUUUAAGAGAUUAUUUUAUUCUUAAAUUUUCUCGAUCUAUUUUUAGUUUUUUAACCUACGACCUACGGAGGGUCGUAUAGUUUUCUGAAAAAAGUUGCAACAUGUAAAAAGUGCCGUAUUUUUAGGUUUUUUCCCAAAAAGUCCAUAUAUUCUUUCUUCUAUAGAAAGUAAUUUUAUUCGGGACUAUAUACAAAUUUUAUAUGAAUCGGAAAGAAAACUUAAUGUAGAAGCGAGUAAAAUAAAAAUUGGCUUAUAUAAAUAUUCAGAGCUGCCAAAAUGCUGCCCUACGGACUGUAAUGAGCUGCAUGCAAAUAACCUCAGGGCACCAACUAAGGUCCUCCCAGUCAAGGAACAUAAUGUCAUGCUAACUAAACAGUUCCUCCUGGGAUGUCACCGGAGGAGUCAUCCCAACUUUAACAUCACACAGUUGGAUGUUCCCACGAAGCAUGUCAGUAAGGCCCUUCGUGUAUACAAGGAGAGCAUACGAAGUUAUGUUCAGGAUCCCUUAGAUCGGAAUUCGUAUACAGCAGCUUUGAACGACAUUCAUAGAAACACCAUCAAUACCGCAUGAAUGUCGUUCUUGGAGGUCGCCCACCGCUCAUAGCAGAAAUAGAGAAGAACCUGCCGCGAAAAACAAGAGUUGCUCUGGCACAACUGAGAUCGGGAUGGAGCAACAGGCUCAACGCCUACUGGUCCCGCAUAGACCGUGCCGUCCCCAAUAUAUGCCCAGCAUGUGGACAGGGUCCCCAUGAUACCUACCACAUAUUCAACUGUCCAGCCCACCCUACUUUUAUGGACUCACCCUACUGAAGUAGCCCAAUUUCUUGGUUUGGACCUAAAUACAUAACCCCGGAUUAAAAAUUGUAUAGUUUAAGCUGUUACAACAACAACUAUGAUCCCAUUUUUAUAUAUCCAUAUAUGAUCCUUAAAUACAUAUUUACAAAGUAUUUCUAAAGUUCCCAAACAUAUAUUCCUUUUGAUAUUUUAAUGCUUUUCUUAUUAGUCCUGCCACUGAAAAGGUAAAUUGUCUUUGUUAAGUAUAAUUUCAUUCCAUCGGAUCCAAAAUUAACUAGUAAAAGAUUUCAACCAAAUCGGAUAAUAAAAUUUCGUGGAAGAAUUCUAUUAAUUAUCAUUGGCAGAAACAACGUUAGUCAUAGUUCGA